UACCGAAUAUUUUUUCACCGCUUCGCAGAUAGCGGAGACUUACUCCACAGGUAGCAAGUACACACACCAUUGUAUUUGCUUUUUAGAGGUGGAAAAACGUUUUAAUGUUUUGGGAACAUCGAUGAUGACAUUGGUUUUUCCAUCUCUAACCAAAGUUCUACCAAAAAUCUUGCCAUUUUUUCGUGAGUUUUUAACGAAAACUUCACCGUAUAUUUUGUGAUUAAAUGCCGUAACCGUUCAGGGUUAAAUUGCAAGUUGAAUCGCAAUGUUUGCGCUACGACACCUACGACUGCAUAGCUCGCGACACUUUCGCAGCUCUUAUGCGGCGGCGGCAACAACAAAACACAUGCUGACCCGGCCGACAGCGCGUGUUCUGAUUGGAGAUUUGAGCCACUGGGAUAAGCCGCCGAUUCAGGAUUUGAGCUUCAGGAACUCGAGUACCGCCUCCGAACCCGUGAAACCACGAACGCCGGUGGAGGAACUGCUGGCGGCCGCCAAACCCUACGCCCAACUAAUGCGAAUUGACCGGCCCAUCGGGACGUACCUCCUUUUCUGGCCCUGCGCCUGGAGCAUAGCCCUUAGCGCGGAUGCGGGCUGCUGGCCGGACCUAACCAUGCUGGGCUUAUUUGGCACUGGAGCUCUGAUCAUGCGAGGCGCCGGCUGCACCAUCAACGAUCUCUGGGACAAGGACAUCGAUGCCAAGGUGGAACGAACCAGGAUGCGACCCUUGGCCUCCGGGCAGAUCAGCCAGUUCGAUGCCAUAGUCUUCCUCUCAGCGCAGCUCAGUCUGGGUCUUCUAGUGCUAGUCGAGCUCAACUGGCAGUCCAUAUUGUUAGGAGCCAGUUCGUUGGGUCUGGUAAUCACCUACCCGCUGAUGAAGAGGGUCACUUAUUGGCCCCAGCUGGUCCUGGGCAUGGCCUUCAACUGGGGUGCCCUGCUGGGCUGGUGUGCUACCCAGGGCAGUGUCAACCUAGCCGCCUGUCUGCCCCUCUACCUCUCCGGCGUUUGCUGGACCAUUGUGUAUGACACAAUUUACGCCCACCAGGACAAGCUCGAUGAUCUACAAAUAGGGGUGAAGUCCACGGCUUUGAGAUUCGGCGAGAACACCAAGGCGUGGCUGUCUGGUUUCACGGCAGCCAUGCUGACGGGUCUGUCAGCCGCCGGCUGGGCUUGUGAUCAAACAGUGCCUUAUUACGCGGCUGUGGGAAUUGUUGGUGCUCACCUAGUGCAGCAGAUCUCCUCCCUCAACAUUGACAACCCCAGUGACUGUGCCAAGAAGUUCCUAUCAAAUCACCAAGUUGGACUCAUUCUCUUCCUUGGCAUUGUUCUGGGCACCCUCCUGAAAUCAGACGAGACCAAAAAGAAGGGUCAAACCACACUGACGACUUCCACGGCCAGCUCCUAUGUUCCAGCGCUGCCCCAAAAGCCAGAGGUUAUAAGCUGAGAUAAUCCAGCAAUCCAGUGUUAAUUAAGUUUAUAGCGCGCUUUUUUGUUCGCCAAAACCAAAGUCUUUAGGUAGCUGAUUAGGUAAAAACGUGUACAUACGCUUAUGACCAUUUUUAGUUUAUUUGCAAUAUUUUAAGUUAAACAAAAUGGCUAGCUCACUUAAAAAUCAAUUAACUUUUAAUUGAAAGUGCCUGCCUUGACGUAAUUACUUACGUAAAUCACCCAUCCCCCAAACCCCCUUCUACAUUUCAAAAACAAACUGGUUUCUGUAUUAAAUUCUUAUGUGUUAUUUAUUAUUAUACAGAUUUUGGUUGUCUAUUGAAAGCCAAAUACUCUUCAAAUGUA